AUAAAUACAAGAUGGCUGCUCCUAUAAAAUCAGGCGUUGGGCUUCUCCCCAGCGAUGGGCGAAUAGAAGCUUUAACCGGUGCUUUGAGGCCGUUCCACUGCUACCACCCACACUGCCACCACCCCCGGGGGCCAGUGGGACUCCGCCGGCAGUCAACGCGCUCAGCCGCUCCCCAUCGUUAUCCGCUGGGGCCGAGGUCGGAGUGUGGAGCCUGAGAGGCCUAGGCCAGGCCCCUGUAUCCUCCUUCCUGGGAGAGCAACGGCGGCCCCCGCCUGCCACCCGCUGCUCUCAUCAAACCCGGCCCAGGUUCCCUCUGGCUAUGGCGGUCUCCAGGCUUGAUCGUCUCUUCAUUUUACUGGACACUGGUACCACACCGGUAACAAGAAAAGCAGCUGCACAGCAACUUGGGGAGGUGGUGAAACUCCAUCCCCAUGAACUGAAUAAUCUCUUAUCUAAAGUGUUAAUAUACUUAAGGAGUACAAAUUGGGAUACUCGCAUAGCAGCUGGCCAGGCUGUUGAAGCAAUAGUGAAAAAUGUACCAGAGUGGAAGCCAACUCCAAGACCAAAACAAGAAUCUGAUUCAGAAAGUCCUAUGGACGAUUCAUGUGCCAGUGAUAGACUGCGUUUUGAUAGGUUUGAUAUCUGUCGACUAUUAAAACAUGGAGCAUCUCUUCUUGGAUCUGCUGGUGCAGAGUUUGAGGUCCAAGAUGACAAAUCAGGUGAAGUUGAUCCUAAAGAGAGGAUAGCACGACAAAGGAAACUGUUACAAAAGAAACUUGGACUUGAUAUGGGAGCUGCAAUUGGAAUGAACACUGAAGACCUGUUCAAUGAUGAGGAUUUGGACUAUACUCCUACUUCAGCUUCACUUGUAAACAAACAACCUGUAGGUAAAACCUCGGGCUGUUUGACUGCAAGGAAUAAUACAACUCUUCAGGCUGCUGAGUUGAUUGAUUCAGAAUUUCGAGCUGGUAUGAGCAGUAGACAAAAGAAUAAAGCUAAAAGGAUGGCUAAGCUAUUUGCAAAGCAAAGAUCCAGGGAUGCAGUAGAGACUAAUGAGAAAAGCAAUGAUAGCACUGAUGGGGAACCAGAAGAAAAGCGCAGAAAAAUAGCAAAUGUUGUCAUCAACCAGCCUGCCACUGACUCAAAAGUUUUGGUAGACAAUGCACCAGAAGAGGCAAAUGAAUGGCCUUUAGAAAGCUUUUGUGAAGAAGUAUGCAAUGAUCUUUUUAACCCAUCCUGGGAGGUUCGGCAUGGUGCAGGCACUGCGCUGAGGGAAAUACUUAAAGCACACGGGAAAAGUGGUGGCAAAAUGGGAGACAGUACUGUAGAAGAGAUGGCUCAGCAGCAUCAGGAAUGGCUGGAAGACUUAGUUAUUAGACUCCUUUGUGUGUUUGCAUUAGACAGAUUCGGAGACUUUGUUUCAGAUGAAGUUGUAGCACCAGUACGUGAGACUUGUGCUCAGACUUUGGGAGUAGUAUUGAAACAUAUGAAUGAGACUGGAGUUCAUAAAACUGUGGAUAUUCUCCUGAAGUUGCUCACACAAGACCAAUGGGAAGUGAGACAUGGCGGUCUGCUAGGAAUAAAGUAUGCGUUGGCAAUUCGUCAGGAUACGAUUAAUACUUUAUUGCCUAAAGUCUUGCCUGCAAUAAUUGAAGGUCUCCAAGACCUGGAUGACGAUGUCCGAGCUGUUGCUGCAGCAUCUUUAGUACCGGUAGUGGAAAGCCUUGUUCAUCUUCAGUCACAAAAGGUGCCCUUUAUUCUUAAUACACUGUGGGAUGCUCUUCUGGAAUUGGAUGAUCUGACGGCUUCUACAAACAGCAUCAUGAUCCUUCUUUCCUCCCUUCUAACUUAUCCUCAGGUCCAAAAAUGCAGUAUUCAGCAAUCACUCACCGUUUUGGUCCCACGUGUAUGGCCAUUCUUGCAUCAUACUAUAUCAUCUGUUCGAAAAGCAGCGUUGGAAACUUUAUUUACGCUCUUAUCUACCCAAGACCAGAGUUCUUCAGCCUGGCUAACUCCGAUCCUGCAAGAUAUGUUGAGGCACAUUUUUCAGUUUUGUAUUUUAGAAAGCAGCCAAGAUAUUCUGGAUCUUAUUCACAAGGUGUGGCUGGAACUGUUAAACAAAGCAUCAGUACAAUACGUGGUAGCAGCGGCUUGUCCGUGGAUGGGAGCCUGGCUCUGCUUAAUGAUGCAGCCUUCUCACUUGCCUAUUGAUUUAAAUAUGUUGCUAGAAGUAAAAGCCAGAUCAAAGGAAAAAGCAGGUGGCAAGCUGCGUCAAGGUCAAACCCAGAACAAAGAAGUGAUACAGGAGUAUAUUGCUGGUGCAGACAGCAUUACAGAAGAUCUGGCAACCAGGGAUUAUGUUGUUAUGCGAGCCCGGGUGAUGGCAGCAAAGUUGUUAGGAGCACUUUGCUGCUGUAUUUGUGAUCCAAGUGUAAAUACCGUUCCUCAAGAAAUAAAACCAGCUGAAUCACUAGCUCAGCUACUGCUUUUCCAUUUGAAUUCGAAAUCUGCCUUGCAAAGGAUUAGUGUUGCGUUAGUAAUUUGUGAGUGGGCUGCCUUGCAAAAGGAAUGUAAAGCUGUAGCCCUUUCUGUGCAGCCACGCUUACUUGGAGUCCUUUCUGAGCACCUUUAUUAUGAUGAAAUUGCUGUUCCUUUUACACGAAUGCAGAAUGAAUGUAAACAACUCAUUUCAUCACUAGCUGAUGCACACAUUGACAUUGGGAACAGAGUAAACUACAGUGUAUUUACAAUAGAUCAAGCUAAUGAACUGGUUACUACUGUUUUCAAUGAAGUUACAUCAGCUUUUAAUUUAAAUCCUAAUAUUUUACAACAAUUGGACAGUAAACGACAACAAGUCCAAAUGACGGUUACGGAAACAAACCAGGAAUGGCAAGUGUUACAGCUGCGAGUCCAUACUUUUGCUGCAUGUGCUGUUGUGAGCUUACAACAACUUCCAGAAAAACUAAAUCCUGUCAUAAAACCUUUAAUGGAAACUGUCAAAAAAGAAGAGAACAUACUGGUACAAAAUUAUGCAGCUUUGUGCGUAGCUAAGUUACUUCAACAGUGUACAUCAAGAUCUCCAUGCCCCAACUCUAAGAUCAUAAAAAAUCUCUGCAACUCUCUCUGUGUGGACCCACAUCUUACUCCCUUAGCAGCAUGUCCUGCACAACCUCAAAGCAGCCAUGAAAACUCUAAAGGACCCAACUCUGAGAGAGAUGGGAUGCACCAUACUGUCACCAAGCACAGAGGAAUAAUUACUCUGUAUAGACUUCAGAAAGCUGCUUUCGCCAUCACAAGUAGGCGAGGUCCUACACCAAAGGCUCCAAAAGCCCAAAUUGCAGACCUUCCAACAGGCAGUAGUGGAAACCUCACCACAGAACUUGAUGAGGCUCAGAAGCCAUAUAUUGUACAGAGGAGAGGAGCUGAAUUUGCCUUAUCUACUAUAGCUAAACAUUUCGGUGCUGAAAUGGUAAUAGGAUUGCCACAUCUCUGGGAUGCUAUGGUUGGUCCACUAAGAAAUAAUAUUAACCUAAACAGUUUUGAUCGGAAAUCCUUAUUGGAAAAGGGAGAUGUGUCUGCUCAGGAGUUGGUCAAUUCUCUACAGGUGUUUGAAACAACAGCAGCGUCAAUGGACAUUCAGCUUCACCCUUUGUUGAUAAAGCAUUUGCCUCAUCUUUAUGUGUGCCUUCAGCAUCCAAGCACUGCAGUGAGACACAUGGUUGCUCGUUGUGUAGGUGUUAUGAGCAAAAUAGCUACCAUGGAUACAAUGAAUAUUUUGUUAGAGAAGGUUAUUCCAUGGCUGGGAGCAAUAGAUGACAAUACCAAACAAGAGGGUGCAAUUGAAGCGCUUGCUUCUGUAAUGGAACAGCUAGAUGUUGGUAUUGUUCCAUAUAUUGUCCUUCUAGUGGUCCCAGUUUUGGGUCGAAUGAGUGAUCAGACGGACAGUGUACGUUUCAUGGCUACUCAGUGCUUUGCAACACUAAUUAGACUAAUGCCCCUUGAGGCUGGCAUUCCAGAUCCACCAAACAUGUCUGAAGAAUUAAUCCAACUGAAAGCCAAAGAGCGCCAUUUUCUGGAGCAACUAUUGGAUGGAAAAAAAUUGGAAAACUAUAAAAUUCCGGUCCCAAUCAAAGCAGAACUCAGAAAAUAUCAGCAGGAUGGUGUCAAUUGGCUGGCAUUUCUCAAUAAGUACAAACUUCAUGGAAUUCUUUGUGAUGAUAUGGGUUUAGGAAAAACAUUGCAGUCCAUUUGUAUUCUUGCAGGAGAUCAUUGCCUCAGGGCUCAAGAAUAUGCAAGAACUAAAUUGGUAGACAGUGUUCCUCUUCCAUCCUUGGUGGUUUGUCCUCCAACGCUUACAGGUCAUUGGGUGGAUGAAGUGAGUAAAUUUUGCUCCAAAGAGUAUCUCAAUCCUUUGCACUAUACCGGACCUCCCACUGAAAGAGCAAGAUUGCAACACCAGGUGAAAAAGCACAAUCUCAUAGUAGCUUCAUAUGAUGUUGUGCGAAAUGACAUUGAUUUCUUCAGAAAUAUUAAGUUUAAUUACUGUAUUCUUGAUGAAGGCCAUGUAAUCAAAAAUGGAAAAACAAAAUUGUCAAAAGCAGUAAAGCAGUUGACUGCCAAUUAUAGGAUCAUUCUUUCUGGGACACCAAUCCAGAAUAACGUUUUAGAGUUGUGGUCACUGUUUGACUUCCUUAUGCCAGGAUUUUUGGGUACUGAACGCCAGUUUGCAGCACGUUAUGGCAAACCAAUUUUAGCAAGUAGAGAUGCUCGGAGUUCCAGUCGAGAACAAGAGGCAGGAGUUCUUGCAAUGGAAGCACUGCACCGUCAAGUAUUACCAUUUCUGUUGAGAAGAAUGAAAGAGGAUGUACUACAGGAUCUUCCACCCAAAAUUAUUCAAGAUUAUUACUGUACUCUCAGUCCUCUACAGGUUCAGCUUUAUGAAGAUUUUGCCAAGUCUCGUGCCAAAUGUGAUGUUGAUGAAACUGUUUCAUCUGCUUCACUGAGUGAGGAGACUGAAAGGCCAAAGCUUAAAGCUACAGGACAUGUGUUUCAGGCAUUGCAAUAUUUACGAAAACUAUGUAACCAUCCAGCAUUAGUGUUAACAACCCAGCAUCCAGAAUACAAGAGAACCACAGAGCAGCUUGCAGCUCAUAACUCAUCCCUUCGAGAUAUCCAGCAUGCACCUAAACUGUCUGCUUUAAAACAACUACUACUAGACUGUGGUUUGGGAAAUGGUGGCUCUUCAGAGAGUGGCACAGAAGCUGUUGUGGCUCAGCACAGGAUACUUAUCUUCUGUCAGCUCAAGAGCAUGCUGGAUAUAGUAGAACAUGACCUUCUCAAACCUCACUUGCCCUCUGUUACAUAUUUGCGAUUAGAUGGCAGCAUACCUGCUGGUCAAAGGCAUUCCAUUGUUUCACGGUUUAAUAAUGACCCAUCCAUAGAUGUUCUUUUGCUCACCACUCAUGUUGGUGGACUGGGACUUAACUUAACAGGAGCUGACACAGUAGUAUUUGUGGAACAUGACUGGAACCCAAUGAGAGAUCUGCAAGCAAUGGAUCGAGCACAUCGUAUUGGACAGAAACGUGUUGUCAAUGUGUAUCGCUUGAUAACGAGAGGAACUCUGGAAGAGAAAAUUAUGGGUCUGCAGAAGUUCAAAAUGAAUAUUGCAAAUACAGUGAUUAGCCAAGAGAAUGCAAGCCUACAAAGCAUGGGAACAGAUCAGCUUCUUGACCUAUUCACUCUUGACAAGGAUGGGAAAAGUGAAAAAGCAGAUACUUCUUCUUCUGGGAAAGCCUCUAUGAAAGCAGUUCUUGAAAAUCUGGGAGAACUUUGGGAUCCAGAACAGUAUGAUUCUGAAUACAGUCUAGAAAACUUUAUGCAUUCACUCAAGUAACCAUCUUACAUUCUUGAUUCAGUUGCUGCUAGUUCACGUAUUUUUCUGCUGAUAUUCAGCAAAUUUCAAAGCAUAUAUAGUGAACCUAUAGCUCAAUAUGUAAAUAGACUUCUUGAAAGAAGAAUCAGCAAAAGACUGACACUGAAUAGUGUCAUAUGUUUCACUGGGGGAGUUAUUCUGUCUUAAAUAUUUGCACUGUAUAAAACUUUAAAUGUAAACAUAUUGUGAGGUGGUUUGAAUUUUACUUGCUAAACAGAUGCAAAUUCUUAUUUGGUAGAGGAAUAAAACCCAGCAAGUUUUACAUAUGCUAACAAGUGUUACUUCCUUUUGAAAUAAGUCCACCGUUGUUCCUUGCUGUAUCUAUAGUUUUGUACAGAUACGUUUCAGUAAGUACUUCAGGUUGUUCGUGUACAUUUUUUUUUAUUUUAAACAUAACUUGCUUUUAUGAUUUAUUAAAAAGUAAGAUUUUUUUCAGCUUAACAAGUUAUAAUGAUCUUUCAUUCAGAUCAUUUCAAGAUGUACAUCACUAAUGGCAAAUCCUAGAAGCUAGAAAGAGUGGUGGGAAACUAAAUGGAACUAGAUUUAUGUGUGCCCAUCUCUGUAUAUUGAAUAUAAAUAUAUAAUGCUCUUCAAUCUUUUGACAUCACUUUGAGAGCAGUUGAUUUCAACUUUUUAAUCUAAUGUGUUAUACUAAAUACAGGUAAAUGGUCUGUUUAAGGCCACCUAUGCAUCCCAUUAAGAGGGUGUGCUUUUUUAAUUUAUCUAUAAGGCUAGAAUAUAGCCCCAUUCAGAGACCUAUGUAUUCAGUAGGUUUCAAUCCUAUAUAUUUUUUGUAACUAAAAGAACAAAUAUACAAACAGAACUUUUCCAGAAAUAGAUUUUGCACUGUUUAGAAUUCUAAAAUCCAUGCUGAAGAGACUGUUUACUGUACUAGUGCAUGAAUUAAAACCUCUUAAACAGAAGAUGGGAAAAUAUUUUCUUUAGGGAUCUAGAUAUACAUACAUAUCAUCAUAGAAAUACCUCCUCUCAAUCUGAGGGAAUCGAGCAUUAGAGUUAAAAUCAUGUAACAAAGAUUCUAAAGCAGGGGUGGGCAAACUACAGCCCAGGGGCCACAUCUGGCCCUUCUGAUGUUUUUAAUCUGUCCCUCGAGCUCUCGCCGGGGAGCGGAGUCUAGGGCUUGCCCCGCUCCAUGCAUGCCGUGGCUCCGCAUGGCUCCCGGAAGCAGCAGCAUGUCCCUCCACCGGCUCCUAUAUGUAGGGACAGCCAGGCGGUUCCACAUGCUGACCCCGCAGCCCCCAGUGGUCAGGAACCGUGGCCAAUGGGAGCUGCAGGGGCAGCGCCUGUGGACUGGGCAGCGCGCAGAGGCACCUGGCCAUACCACCGUGUAGGAGCCAGAGGGAGGACAUGCUGUUGCUUCCAGGAGCUGCUUGAGGUAAGCGUCACCCAGAGUCUGCGUCCCUGACCCCCUUCCACCCUCUGUCCCAGCCUAGAGCACCUUCCUGCACCCCCUAUCCCUCAUCCCUAGCCCCACCCCAGAGCUCGCACCCGCAGCCUGAGCCCCCUCCCCCCCAGCCCGGAGCUCCCUCACAUGCCCUGAACUCCCCAUUUCUGGUCCUACCCCAGAACCAGCACUCCCAGCCAGAGCCCUCACCCUCUCCAAUACCUCCCCAAACCGCAAUUUCAUGAGCAUUCAUGGCCCGCCAUACAAUUUCCAUACCCAGAUGUGGCUCUUCGGCCAAAAAGUUUGCCCACCCCUGUUCUAAAGGGCUUUAAUAGCUGGGAGUGCGUAUACAGUAGCUGUAUAUUAAGCAGCUUUUUAUAAAAGGGAGUCAAUAGUAAAGGUGGUAUGUAUGUUUAUAGAUGUGCAUGUAUGUACCAGUAUGUACACAAUUUUAUAAAUAUAUUAAAUUAUAGAUAAAUUUACAAAGCUGUCUGAAUGAAUACAUAUAUAGGAUAUAUGUAUAGAUAUCAAAAUAAUCUACAAUUUGUAGCUUGUUGUGCACUUAAGCGUCAGACUAAAAACCAUCAGAGACCUCAAAUAUGUAAAAUAACAGAUUGCUUUGUUAAAACACCCCUCCCCCCAAAAAAUAAAAUAAAAAAACCCGCUUAUCCUAUAAAGCAAGACUGUUCUGCUGCAUUUGGAAAUGAAUUUGACAUAUUUCAGUAGUUACAAACUGCCAUAUUGUAAUAUUAAACUAGCAUUCCAUUAAAAAAAAUAAAAACAAAAUUGGGAAUACAUAA